UGCUGUCCGAGGAAAGACAGCGGAAUGUGAGGGGGAAAUAAACCUCAACGCUUUCCAUUUCGGCCUACUCUCUCUCUCCUCCCCCCCCUGGAAGCGAGAGCUCUUCGGUCCGGCUAGGGUUACGGUUUUUGAUCCACCCAUGCUCGUUGGGCUCCGGUGAUUGGGAGUAGUUUCGUCCUUCCCGGUGCUGCUUGUCGGCGGCAAGAGCCGAGCCGAUGUACAGCGGCUCCAGCGACGGUGAAGGGGGCCACGAGGCCGCCCCCAAGAAGAUCCCUCCGGCCUCCUCCAUGCCGUGGGUUCGGAACCUACGCCGGUUCAUCGGAUCCGGCGCCGGACUCGGAUCAGAAGCCCUUAUGGAGCUUGAAACAAAAAGGAUCUUGCUUGAGAUAUUUAAAGAACGGCAGCAGAAAAAUGCUGAAGCAGGCUCUAUUCCUAGUUUCUACAAAAAGAAGCCUGAAGAAGGAUCAAUCAGUCAUAGGGUUCAAAGGUUGGCAAAGUACCGGUUUCUAAAGAAACAGUCCGAACUACUUCUAAAUGCAGAUGAUCUGGAUGCCAUGUGGGUUUGCUUAAGAGAAAAUUGUGUGAUUGAUGAUGCCACUGGUGCUGAAAAGAUGAACUAUGAAGAUUUCUGCCAUAUUGCAUCUGUCUGUGCAGAGCAGAUUGGCCCAAAAUGCCGUCGGUUUUUUAGCCCAUCAAAUUUUAUGAAGUUCGAGAAAGAUGAAUCUGGAAGAAUAGCCAUCCUACCAUUUUAUCUUUAUGUGAUGAGAACAGUUUCACUUACUCAAGCAAGAAUUGAUAUGAGUGAGCUUGAUGAGGAUUCUGAUGGCUUCCUUCAACCUCAUGAAAUGGAGGCCUAUAUAAGAGGCUUGAUUCCUAAUCUGGCACAACUCCGGGAUAUGCCUGCAGCCUUUGUCGAGAUGUAUUGUCGUAUAGCUGCCCACAAGUUCUUUUUCUUUUGUGAUCCUCAUAGGCGAGGGAAAGCAUGCAUAAAGAAGGUGCUGCUUAGUAACUGUCUCCAGGAGCUCAUGGAACUGCACCAGGAAAGUGAGGAAGAAGUUACUGAUACUGAGCAGGCAGAGAAUUGGUUCUCUUUAACUUCUGCGCAACGUAUAUGCGAUAUGUUUCUUGCUCUUGACAAAGAUACAAGUGGGUCGUUGAGUAAGCAGGAGCUUAAAGAAUAUGCAGAUGGGACACUGACAGAAAUAUUCAUCGAGAGAGUUUUUGAUGAGCAUGUACGCCGUGGUAAAACUGGAGCGAGGAAUGCUCGUGAGAUGGACUUCGAAAGUUUUCUUGAUUUUGUUUUGGCUCUGGAAAACAAAGACACUCCAGAAGGAUUGACAUACUUAUUCCGAUGCCUGGAUCUUCAGGGAAGGGGCUACCUCACAACAGCUGAUAUUCAUACUUUGUUUAGAGAUGUGCACCAGAAAUGGAUUGAGGGUGGCAACUAUGAGCUAUGUAUCGAAGAUGUAAGAGAUGAAAUCUGGGACAUGGUCAAACCGGCUGACCCUCUUAGGAUAACGCUUAAUGAUCUUUUAACCUGCAAGCAAGGUGGAACAGUUGCCAGCAUGCUUAUAGAUGUACGAGGCUUUUGGGCCCAUGACAACAGAGAAAACCUUCUACAGGAAGAGGAAGAACCAGAAGAAGAGUGAUAAGACUGUAUCCAAUCAAUGCGAAGGAAAUUAUAUCCAGUAAACUGGAUUGUGGCAUCUGAAUCUCACCCACUCAGUAGCCUUCUUUGUAGCAGCUUUCAGUUUGUUGUAUUAUCUGCAGUCUUUCCAAACAUGUAAAAACUACUAAUUAUCAUCUAUCACUUCUCUCUUUGUAUGUUAUUCAUAUGCUGAAAAAAAAACAACUUGAUUAUAAACCAGAUUGACGGUUUGAAUGUUGUAAGAAGAAAAGACUUGUGCGUGAUGAUGGACCCACAA